AUGACUGUUCAUUUCAACUUUGGAAAUGUAAUAAACAGUUAUGUGAAUGUAAUUUUCCCAAAUUCAGAUCCCUUAGACAAAACCCAUGAUUCCUCGGACCCAUACAAGGAUGAUGAUCACCCUCAUGAUAUCCCUUUACGCCAUAAAAUAGUCUAUUCGGCCUUUUCAAUAUUAAUUAUCUUAAGUUUGGUGUUUUUGUGCGUAAUAACUGUCAAUAUCAAGUCAGUUUUUAUGACCAACAAGUCACUAGACUAUGCAAUUGAUGAUAUCGUAGCACCAAAUACAGAUGGAUUAAUUUAUUUUAUAAAUGAGAUAAACAAAAAAAAUGAAGAAAUAGUACCUGAACCUGAUUCUAAAGGUGGGCCCUCCCAGCCCCUUGUUAAGGAUAUUUCAAUCUCCCUUUCUCAUAAUGGUCAAAUUAAUAAAAUAAAUGAACUUAAAACAAGAACUGAUAUAGCUCUUUGGAUACAAUUCGGUUUGAUCCCGAAUCUUUACCAAGGGUUAAACACAUUUAACAAGUCAGUAGCAAAUGCAGUUUUAAUAUCGUUCAAAGGAAAAGAUAAAGAAUACAGACGUGACAUCCCUGAAGAUAUUUUAGCAGCUUCAAAAAUACUUUUACAUUCAGACCCUUCAAAAUACAAUAUGAUAAAGUCCGAAACAGGGGUUUACAUGUAUUAUAAAUAUUCUUAUGAUGAUAAAACCUCAUCGAAUUAUCAAUACCUUUACGGAGAAGAUAUUGACGAGAUAAUGUCAAAACUAAUGCAGGGCACAGGAUAUUUAAAGGAAUUUCCUUAUUUUCCUCUAAAUUCGAUCAUAUCAGAUGAGUCAAUAGAUGAAAUUUCAGUAGAUUUUCUAACAUAUAAUGUAAUAUCGGAUGUAAUCAGUUCCGUAAAUAUAAAGUUUGAUUUUUCCAACAGUGAAACUACUGUUAAUGGAUCAAAAGAGUCUGAGACUAAAAUAAAUAACCACUUAAAUGUUUUAUCCUAUCGCAUAAAUACUACUCUGUUUCCUCUGGUUAUAGACGGAGGCUUAAUGCUAGUUCUUAUCGCCUUUACAAUAUAUACAAUAAUCCUGUACAAGUUAUAUCCAAAGUCUUUCUUUCUUUUCGAUUACAUCUUUGACUCGAUUUUUAAAAUAUCUGUAGUGAUUUCUUUAGUAUUUUUUAACUCAAUUGUCUUUUUUGCGAAUUAUUCUGUACCUAGGGUAGGGUCAACGAAUUGUGACACUGGGUUUUGUGUAUCCAAAAUUGUUUUUGGAUAUGACGAUAACCCAUUGAACGCUGAUAAACUGUUUGAUAUAACAUUUGAUUACUUAAGAGGCAGCAUAAGAAUUUGUGUUAUAGUGUUUGGAUUUCUUUGCUUCUUUGCAUUACUCUCUGUUGUUACAUCACUAAUCGCCACAUGGUUGGUUAUCAACAAGAACCGACACCUAUCCAUUGUAUAUAAAAAGUAUUACUAUCAUUUGAAGAUUCCCUUAAUUUCACUAGUUGCCGGAACAGGUAUUUCUAUCCUGUUAAUCGCAGUUUUUAACUCAUCUGUUUCCCACAUGUUCAAGUCCUCAACUCAGUCGAUAUUUAGAAACUUUUUGGCUCUAUUUAACUUGAUAGUGGGUGUUUCAAAUGACGCAACACUCAAAUACAUCGACAAUUAUAGCAUUAUAUAUUCCUUUGUUUUUAUCAUGUUACUCUUCAUUUCAUUUUACCUGGCAGUGAUACUCAUUACCUCAUUAUUGGUUAUGUUUGACGACAAUGAUAAAGAACUUAAUUUUUACAAAAGACCUGUGUCGUGGAAAUUCGAUAAUUAUCGAUUAUUGAAGUUCUUUUAUAAAACUGCAACUAGGUACAAUAGAGUUAAGCGUUUUAUAAAAGCAAAAAUACUAAGAAUGAGUGUUAUCGCAGAUGAUUGUGCUCGAGAAAGACUGAAAGCUCAAGUUAAUCAGAUACAGGAACAUGAAUAUGAACCACCUGAAACUAAGAAAAAGUUUAAAUUUUGCUUAACCACGUUUUCCAGAAUAAUAACAUACUUAGCUAUGUUAGCCUGUAUCAUUGCAUUCAUAUACAUUGAAGUUAACUGUAUCAAGGUUUCAAGAGUAAUUUAUAAAACUGUGGAUGAAUUAGUUUACAAAAAUAACCAAAAAUGGUUUUUUGAUAUUAAGUUGUAUGAUACCCCUUAUACAGAAAUGUUAAAGGAUGAGAAUCUAAAACCUAAAAAUCACAAGCUAAACGUGAAAAUGGAGUCAACACUACCCAAUGUGAAAAUCAAGACCUAUGACGAUCUUUACAACUGGUUAAAUGGUGGUGCUAUAAAAGAGUUAUUUAAAUGGAUUGAUACCAGUCAAUCGGAUAAUUUGCCUAAAGACGAAACUCAAGUGAUGGCUAUAAAUUCAAGAUACUAUCUAUAUCCCUCCAACAAAGCACUCUUAUUAAGUUUGAAUUUCUAUAAAACUCCCCCUAAUGGCCUUAUUACUGAUAUGAAAAAGAUAAUAAGGCAGGACAAAUAUUAUCAGUUUAUUACUUAUGAUAAAGAAAAAUGCCAGAUUAGCACACUUUUUGAAACCAUUCCACACACUGUUAAAGACGUUGGAAUUGACUUCAUUAUUGUGGACUCUAAGUCUAAGAAUAAGAUAUAUAAUGGGUUUUUGAAUUUUUUUAUAGAGAAAUCUGGGUUGAUGGACUAUGAUUUGAAGAUUUACAAUGUAUUUUCAUUUUUCCUUCCCUCUGAAAACAGAAGUGUAUUUUUGUUCAUAGUGCUGGCCUCUACUUGCGCUUUCUUCCUCUUCCUACUUUCCAUUAUGAUAAGAGAUAUUGUGAAUUUUAAAAAAGGAUUUAGCAUCUAUUAUCCAAGAUUAAACUUCUUUUAUAUGAUUUUAAUGUACUUUUUCAACGACAUCAAGAGGGUGUUUGACCUAAUUGUCAUUCCUGUUGUAUUGAGCCUUGUGGUUAUGUACUCUGGAAUAGUAAUUUACCACAAAAUAAUGAGGGAUCACUUCAAUGAUAUGGAAGAUAUAUACUACAGAUACUACUACCAUAGACUAUCUGGAAGAAUCCUCUAUAUGCACUCAUCCUUGGGCAUUCUUCUUUUGGUUAUUAUCUUAUUUGGGUUCAUUCUGAAGAAUGCAACUGUGAGGCACUAUUUACAUGUAGUCAUCUCUGUCCUCUAUCAGAUGAGGUAUAUGUAUCUCAACAUUGUUUUUUACUUUAUGGUAAUGGUUUUCACAUUCCUAUUCUUUUUCUACUUCAUUUCUAGGGACUAUUUUAAAGAUUUUGUUAAGGGAAAUAAGUUUUUGAAGAGGUGUAUAAGGCUGAUACUACAUGACCAUCAGUUCUUUGGAGACUUUAAGAAUAACAAUUUAACUGAGUUAAUCCUUUUCCCACUAUGUCUCACUUUCAAAAUAUGGUUAACUAACCUUAUAUUUUACCAUCUAUGGUCAGUAUGGCCUAAAUCUGACGAUCCAAAAUUAGGAAGGCGUUCGGAAGAUACAGAUUUUCUAGAUGAUACAAACGAGUUAGAGGAGAAGUUCAAGCACUCUGACUUGGAAGUAACAGGUUUAACUCAGAGCCAACUUGACGUAGUCCCCAAAGAAGUCAAAACUCAGGCUGCACAGGAAACACUAAACCUAUACAGUAAAUUCGAAGAAUAUAUCAACACAUUCAAUCAUAGAGGUAAACAUAAACUGAGGUAUAUGGAGUCUUUACACAACGAGGUUGGAGAUGAAAUGAACGAACUGUUAGAUAUUAGCAACAAACUCGAAUUCAAAGUUGGAAUAAUAACGAAGCAGACUGAGAUUCUAAGGGAUAAGUCAUACAGGGAUUUGGAUGAGCAAAUUUCUAUUUUAGAACAAUCACUAAAUGAAAAGCGUGAAGAAUUAAACACGAUUUUCACAUUAUACACCGAAAAAUCCAAAUCAUGA